CAUUUCCGCAUUGAUUCAUUCAUUUCAUCUCAUCUCAUCUCUGAUCUCUCCUUAUAUCUAUCAUCUUCAUCAAUUGAUUUCUUCUCAUAUCCGUCAGCCACUCGCCAUGGACAGAGAGCAGGAAGAGAUGCAAUUCCUCGGCCUCUUCGGCAUCUACGUAGAAUCCUACAAGAUCAUCCUCUCAUGGCGCCGAAUCUUCUCCCAGAUAACCCUUGCCCUCAUCCUCCCUCUCUCCUUCAUCUUCCUCGCUCACAUCGAGGUCUCAGAAUUGAUCUUCUCCAAGAUCAUUCACAACGAGAUCCAGCUCGACGAAACGCCGCCCGUUGACACCUACCGCCAAAACAAGCUCUCCGACCUCAUCUCCUCCGAAUGGGCCAGUCUUUGGAUCUUCAAGUUCGUCUACUUCACCUUCCUCCUUGUCUUCUCCCUCCUCUCCACCUCCGCCGUCGUCUACACCAUCGCCUCCGUCUACACCGCCCGCGAUGUCACUUUCCGGCGUGUCCUCAGCGUCGUCCCCAAGGUCUGGAAGCGCCUCAUGGUCACCUUCCUCUGCGCCUUCUUCGCCUUCUUCACUUACAACAUCAUCGCCGCCGUCGUCCUCGUCUUCUGGCUUUUCACGGCCGGCCCCUCCAGGCCGGGCUUGGCGAUUCUGAUCGUGAUAUUGGUGUUGUACUCAGCCGGGUUCGUGUACAUGACGAUCGUCUGGCAGCUGGCCAGCGUGGUGUCGGUUUUGGAAGACUUGUACGGGCUGAAAGCCAUGGCCAAGAGCAAGGAUUUGAUCAGAGGGAAGACAUGGAUAGCCGUUGUCAUCUUCUUCAAGCUGAAUUUGUCUCUGGUUUUCAUACAGAUUCUGUUCGAAAACUUUGUUGUGAGUGGGUACCAGACGCCGUUUGGGAUAUUGGGAAGGUUUGGAUUUGGGAUGAUUUGUUUCCUGCUGCUAUCGAAGCUCUUCCUCUUCGGGCUCGUCAUCCAAACAGUGUUCUACUUCGUCUGCAAAUCGUAUCACCAUGAGAACAUCGACAAGUCUAGCCUCUCUGAUCAUCUGGAGGUUUAUCUAGGAGACUAUGUUCCAUUGAAGGCCAAGGAUGUUCAGCUAGAGCAAUUUGAUGUCUAGCAGCUCAUCAUGAUAAUUAAGAUUUAAUUUCUUUCUUCUUCUUCUUCUUCUUCUUCUUCUUCUUGGGUAUCAUCUGGUGGUGGUUGGUCUUGGAUAAUUACACUGAUCAGAGGUGUCAUAUAUAUACUUGUAUCACAUUGUAUUUGUACUUAAUUUCCAAGAAACCCAGACAAAUAUAAUGAGCUUUGUAGUUGCA